UCACAUCCUUUCAUCAGUUCCACACAAGUCAACCGCAAAUUUAUAUUCCACACAAUGAUAGUCAGCUGUAAUUCAAAACCUAAGCAUCCUUGAAGCGCAGGUUGUUUAUCCAAGCAAUCAUCUUAGCAAAUGACAUUUGCGGAUUAUCGGUAUAUCUUACAGUGAACCAGCCGUAUAAACACUUCUAUUGCUAUGGCAGUCACUCCUCUAAUUGAUGGCGAAAAUCGCUCAAUUGACGCUCGGUCGAUAGUGGUCCUCAUCGUAUUCUUUGUUGUUAAUGCGUUGGUUAUCUGGCCGGUGUAUAUCCCCUUACCCUACUUCAUAUCUCGACCUUGUAGAAAGGUUUGGGCCAAGAUCUCAUUGAGCAAGAAUUCACAUGAUGAGCAAUGCAGCUCAAAACUCAAGCAGCCCGAAAGACGGCAGCCUGUUGGCACGCUCGAGAUGAAUAGCCACGAACUGCAAGGUGGCCUGCCAAAUACUCCCAUCGAAAAGGACGAGCGGUACCAUAUACCUCUUGACUUGCGUACAGCCCCUGUCGUAGGAGUACUACUCAUUUUGGCAUCCACCUGUAUUCCAGGAGGAGUAGUUCGGCGAGGUAUUAUUGGCAGCGGGGGCGUGAAACCAUAUGAUAUUAUGGUUUUAUUUGUUUGUUUUGCAUACAUUUCACUUUCCCUCGACGCUACAGGUUUCCUUCGAUAUCUUGCAUUCCUCGUCGCCACCAGGUCAUCUCGUGGAGAUCGCCUCUAUACCGCUUUCUAUCUUUUCUUCACCACACUUGGUCUUAUAUUCGGUAACGACCCACUGAUUCUCUCUGGCACACCCUUCCUCGCGUACUUCACGGAUCACGCUUCUAUCACCGAACCAACCGCUUUCCUAUUCACCCAUUUCCAGGUUGCCAAUCUCGUCUCGGCAUUGUUGGUAUCAUCCAACCCAACAAACCUUGUACUUACCUCCGCGUUUGGUAUCAACUUCCUCAGCUACUCGGCCUGGCUUGCACUUCCAACUGUUACCUCUGUUGUCCUCUACUACCCUCUUGCUCGGUGGUGUGUAUAUCGGCGAAAAGGACUAAUCCCACUGGCCAUUCACCCGCCUCCCAUCAACCCCCGCGAAGCCUUGUUAGAUCCUGUGGGUGCAAUUUUUGGAGCAUCAGUAUUUGUGAUCACCAUUUUGGCUCUAGUUGGACUGAGUGCGGGAGGGCUGCUGGAAGGAAAAGUGGGAGUUUGGACGGUUACGGCGCCAGCGGCAGCGGUGAUCUUCAUCAGGGAUGUAGGGAGGGAUUUUUUCAAGCACAACGAGGAGAGCGAGGGGGUGAUGAACGUAGACGAGAAGCAUCCUGAAUUCCCAGCAUCUUCAACACAGGCAAUUGCACACUCAUCGCAAACAACUGCCUCCGUUGCCCCUCAACCAACCUGUUCCGCCAUGUUUCCGACAGUAAAACGCAUUGUCUCUCAUCUGCCUCUUGCUCUCGUCCCAUUCGCAUUCUCGUUUUUCAUCCUCGUCGAAGGCCUCCAACAUACUGGUUGGAUUGCGCUUUUUGGUAGAUGGUGGGGAGAGUGGGAACGUGUGGGUGGUGUGGCUGGUAGUGUAUGGCUGAUGGGUAUGCUGAGCAUUAUUGGAUGCAACGUGAGUCUUCAUCUUCUUUUUAUAUCGUUGUAUUACGGAAAGAUAGAAGACGGCUUACCAGUACAUUAGAUAUUUGGAACGAACAUUGGUGCUACUAUUCUUUUAGCGCGUGUCAUCCAAUCGUGGGCAACGACACAAACAGCAGUAUCUGACCGUUCCUUGUACUCCACUGUAUUCACACUUGCCGUAGGCAGUAACUUUGGCGCAUAUUCUUUCGUCUUUUCUGCUUCAUUAGCCGGGCUCUUGUGGCGGAAUAUCCUGUCUCAAAAAGGAAUUAGAGUAACGUUGCGGCAGUUUAUCAAAUGGAAUACCUUGGCGGUGAUGGUAACAAUGCUUAUUGGUUGCCUUAUCGUCGCCGGGGAGGUCUGUGUGAUGUAUAAGAAUUAGAGAACCUGUUUCAAUACAAAAGAUUUCGUUCAAUUGUAAAUAGCAUUAGAACUUUUUCUUAGAUUUCAUUGUGGCAUAUGCACCAAGACCGGC